AUGUGUCUAUGAAAACUAUUUCAUCUUCAUUAGUUUCAAUUAAUUAAGCUAAAAAAUAUAUAAAUAUAUAUGCAGAUUUAUAUUUAUUAAUAUUUAGGAUUAUAGAUAUAUAUAUGUAUAGAUAUAUGUAUAUUUACAUCUAAUAUACAUAUAUAUUUCCCGUAUAUUUUUUUUCUCUUCUGGUUGCUGUUACCUCCUCUUUCUCUCAUUGAUAUUGCCUCUCACUCACACUCGCUCACUCAUUCUCCUCCUUUCUCUCUCCCACUCUCACACAUUAUCUUCCUCUCUCUCUCUCUCUCACCCUCUUUCUCUUUCUCGUGUGGUUAUUCAUUGAACAGUUGCGUUAUGUGCUGUGACAAUAUACACAUCUACAUGUAGCUUACAACGUCAAACAGCUGGUUUAUUCGUUUUUCUCCUCGAAAUAUUUUCCUUUUUACUUCUCCGAGUACAUACUUCCCAAAACAUUUGCUUUAACAAUGAUGUCUCCUUAAGAAAAGAAAAAAAAAAAGAACAUUUCAACAUACAUUUUUUUUCCUUUCCACUUCUGCCCUAGUCAAGAAUUUUCAACAGAAACACCGCCAAUUAAAAGCGAGGGCUACGCAAAAAACAACAAAAAUAUAACAGAAACGAAUAAGCACAACAACAACAACAACAGCAUUCACAUUAGAUCAUUAUUAUUAUUAUCAAUAUCAAUAUUAAUAACAUUAAUUUUUAAAAGGUAAAGUGUUAUUUAGCCGCACUAAAGCACAAGCGAAGCUGCUGCAGUUAUGUCUCUCUCUGGUUCAAGUUGUAUGAGAAACGGGAAAAUGGUUGCCGGCUUGUUGAUGCACAUCUUCUUGUUGUUCAUCUUGUGUCAACCAAUUGCCGAGGUCCAGUCUAUAGGAUCCGACGAGGUAAUCACCAAUUCUUGGUACGUUCAACUCCAUGGCGAAGGCGGCAUACCAGUGGCAAAGGAACUUGCCAAAAGAAGCGGAUUUACUUAUAUAUCACCUAUUCUGAGUUCUAACACUGAAUUUCACUUCAAGCACCGUGCCGUACCUCAUGCUAGGAAACGGAGAAGUUUAUCACACACCAGGUCUUUGAAAACGUAUCCACAGGUAAAAUUCGCUGUACAACAGAGUGGUUAUGUGAGACAAAAGCGUGGUUUCAAACCACUUUCAAAGCUUAUCCAACAAGAAGGAAGCGUACAAGUUUAUCCUCAGCUAUCACCAAAAUUAAGGACUGUUGAUAAACGCUUCAACAUGUUGCCUGAACCCACAGAUCCCUUCUACCCAAAACAAUGGUAUUUGAAAAAUAAUGGUCAAUCUGGUGGUAUUGAAGGACUUGAUUUGAAUGUGAAUAUGGCUUGGUCAAAAGGUUUUACUGGAAAAAACAUAACAACAGCAAUUAUGGAUGAUGGAAUUGAUUACCUCCAUGAAGACCUUAGAGAUAAUUACAACGCGGAUGCAAGUUUUGAUUUUAGCAGUCAUGAUCCAUUCCCAUACCCAAGAUAUACUGAUACUUGGUUCAACAGCCAUGGAACACGUUGCGCUGGAGAGGUUGCUGCGAAAAGAGAUAAUUCUAAAUGUGGUGUUGGUGUUGCUUAUGACUCAAAAGUGGCAGGUUUGCGUAUGUUAGAUCAACCUUACAUGACUGACAUGAUUGAAGCAAAUGCCAUGGGGUAUAAGCCAAACGAAAUUGACAUCUACAGUGCUAGUUGGGGUCCCACUGAUGAUGGUAUGACUGUAGAUGGUCCACGAAAUCUAACAAUGAGAGCAAUUGUAGAAGGAGUUAACAAGGGUCGUAAUGGAAAGGGUAGUAUCUAUGUAUGGGCUUCCGGUGAUGGUGGCCCAAAUGAUGAUUGUAACUGUGAUGGUUAUGCUGCCAGUAUGUGGACCAUUUCCAUUAAUUCUGCCACAAAUGAUGGCCAGACUGCAGCAUAUGAUGAAUCUUGUUCUUCCACUCUGGCAUCCACUUUCAGCAAUGGCAAAGGAAUGACACUUGACGCUGGCGUUACCACUACAGAUCUGUAUGACAAAUGCACUACAACUCACUCAGGGACCUCUGCUGCAGCCCCAGAAGCUGCUGGGGUAUUUGCUCUUGCCCUCGAGGCUAACUAUGAUCUGACAUGGCGUGACAUGCAACAUUUGUCAGUUUUGACUUCAAAACGCCGACAACUCUACGAUGCUUCUUCUCAUCAUCACUGGACUACAAAUGGAGCUGGACUUCAGUUCAACCAUUUAUUUGGCUAUGGUGUUCUUGAUGCAAGCGACAUUGUUGACAUGGCUCAGUCUUGGAAACCGCUGCCAGAAAGAUUGCACUGUGAUGCUGGCAACGUGACAGGCAAGUGGGAGUUCCGUACUGGAGAACAUCUUCAGUUGACCAUUGAUACCGAUGCCUGCAAGGGAACUGGUAGUGAAAUCAACUUUCUGGAGCAUGUUCAAGCUGUUAUCACCCUGAAGGCUUCAUACCGUGGACAUGUUGAGAUGUUUCUGACUUCCCCGAUGAACACAACAUCAAUGAUUCUCAGUCGCCGUCCGAGAGAUGCAGAUAACAAGAAUGGGUUCAAACGUUGGCCUUUCAUGACCACCCAUACGUGGGCAGAGAAUCCUCGUGGACGUUGGACCCUAACUGUGCGUCUCAAUUCUGGCUGGUCAAGCAGAGUAGAUAUGGGAGUAUUUAGUGAGUGGACUUUGAUGCUUCACGGGACUAAAAUAUCAUCGUAUACCCAUCAACUGAACAGCAGUAAGAACCAUAAGUUGGAUACUGUCAAACGUAUGCACAUGACAGGUUUUCAAAAGUAAUAACGUUACAUUGCACUGGAAAGAAUUAGACAUAAGAAAAGUAAUAAAAAAAGUGCAUAUACGAAAAAAAAA